GUGACGCUAAGGCGGAUUCCGCUCACAUGCAAGAUGGCGUUGCCCAUGAGGGCAGUGAUGUCGGGGAGCCGUGCUUUGCGGUGUUUGGGGGCUCUCGCCCCUUUAAGGGAUUUUUCCCGUGUCCCGUCGAGGCGGGAAAUCUCCUUCAAACUUGAUGAGAAGACUGCACAUAGCAGCCUUGACUUGUUCAAGAAAGACACAGGCGUUAUAUAUCGAAUACUGGGCAUAGACCCAUCAAAGGUUUCCCAAAACCCUGAGCGUUUCCGUGAAUGGGCAGUAGUCCUAGGUGACACUCACGUAGCGAGUGGACGCCAUUAUUGGGAAGUGACGGUGAAACGCUCACAAGAGUUUCGCAUCGGUGUUGCGGAUGCCGACAUGUCCCGAGAUGAAUGCAUUGGUGUCAACAACUGCUCUUGGGUCUUUGCCUACAGCCAUAAAAAGUGGCAUGGUAUGCAGGCAAAUAAACUAAUCCCCAUAACAAACAUCGGCCAUCCAAGCAAAGUGGGGCUGCUCCUUGACUAUGAAGUGGGGAAGCUGAGCCUUGUGGACUCUGAAAAAGGCUCUCUAAUCCACACUCUUACUGCCAAAUUCCGAGGUCCAGUUGUGCCUGCGUUGGCCCUGUGGGACGGAGAACUAGUCACUCACUCAGGCUUGGAUGUCCCUCAUGACCUGUGAGACCGAUAGGUGUUGACGCAAAGUGCCUCUUCUCCAAGCAUCAUGUAUUCUGCAGUGUUAUAUUUCACAAACGUUAUAUUAACCAUGUACAAAAUUUACGUUUUCCAAUGUAACAAAAAAUGUCUGCACUACACAGCUUUCUCCUUUACAAAACAAUGACUUUGAGCUGGUGAUCAAUGUACAUGUACAUCUUUCAAUUGCCAAAGAUACAUAUGCAGUAAUAGCUCUGUUUUUUAAAUGUAAUUUCACAUAUACAGGAAAACAUAGCAGUAUCUAUUAUAUACGGAUAAGCCUCAGACAAAUCUGUUUUGCUUUUGAUGGAUGAUACAUUUUUAUAUAGAAUAUUGCAAAAGAAGCCUAUUGGCACUUUCCAGGCUUAGAGGUGUAUAACCGACUGAUUCAAGAGGUCACAUUUAUGAAGGGCAGUUGGGCAGAUUCCUAAAUGGUAGGAAAAUCAGACAUUUUUAUUGGGACUUGCGCACAUUUAGGAGCUGGUUUUGGAAUUCAGUUUUGUUAUUGCCUACUUCAUGCAAUCUAAAAUACAAAUAUUUUAGACCAAAGUAUUGGUUUCACUGCAUCCCUCUCUG